CGACGCGUGUACUAGUGACAGUAUCAUAACGCGUUCUUCAAGCUUAGCUUUAUCAGCUCCCACAUCAACAACUUUCUUUAUCUGCCAUACUCAUUCUGACGGAUCAUAAUGGCCAACGCAGAUGGAGGCGCUUACAGCUACUCCCUUACGGUAUUCUCACCAAGUGGUAAACUCGUUCAGAUCGAACAUGCGUUGGCUGCUGUCUCCCAGGGAACAACGAGUCUUGGUAUCAAAGCGUCCAAUGGAAUUGUCAUCGCCACUGAGAAGAAGUCGUCCUCCAUUUUGAUAGACGACUCCAUGAUCGAGAAAGUGGCAGUAGUGUGCCCAAAUAUUGGGAUCGUGUAUUCAGGCAUGGGUCCUGACUUCCGCGUUUUGAUCGCAAGGGCGCGGAAGAGCGCGCAGGCAUAUUGGAAAAUAUAUGGAGAGUAUCCACCCACGAAGGUUUUGACGCAGGAGAUCGCCACUGUCAUGCAGAAGGCAACUCAAUCUGGAGGGGUGCGGCCUUUCGGUGUGUCAUUACUUGUCGCAGGGUGGGACAUCAACCGUGGUCCAAGUUUGUACCAGGUUGAUCCUUCGGGAUCUUUCUGGGCGUGGAAGGCCAGUGCUAUCGGGAAAAACAUGGUCAACGCUAAAACGUUCUUGGAGAAGAGAUAUAACGACGACAUAAGUCUAGAGGAUGCAAUUCACACUGCUCUAUUGACGCUGAAAGAGGGCUUUGAAGGUCAGAUGACGGAGAAAACGAUAGAAAUUGGUGUUGUCACUGUCCCAACACUUGAGGAGCUCGAAGCUGGGAAAAUCGGUGGCGAAACAGGCCGGCCUAAACCAACUUUCCGCAAACUCAGCGAGGAGGAAGUCAGAGAUUAUUUGGCGCUAUAGGAUUAAUUCCACGUGCGUUGCAUCGCAUUGUAAUAGUAGAGAUUUUGAU